AAAAAUGAUUAGAAUUUUAACAAUCGCAGUCUGCAUCACUCUUAUUUUUGGAUCAUUCAUCAAAGAUUAAACAGCAAUCAAUAACUUUGAAGUAAUUUUUAAUUCAAAAUUCCCUAUUUAGUGUUCUGAAGUGGAACACAGGAGACCAGAUGUAUUUUAUGUCACAGGAACAGGAUCUCUUUCUGUUGAACCAACAAUAGUCACUGUUCACUUUGCAAUUGAAAUCCUAAAUUAAUUGGCAGAAUAGGCUUUGAAUAAAGCCAACUCCAUAUAAGCGACAGCCUUCAAGUAAAAUUCCUAGUGAAUCCCCAAUAGGUCAUUGCAAUCAGUGGACACCUCAAAUGCAGGAGUGAAGAUCUCCACAACUUAAUUCUAGAUGUUCCCUCAUUCUGAAUAUGAAUAUCCCAAUGGAAAUCCAGAACUCAAAUUCAAGGGCUACAAAGUGGUCAUAAACCAAAAAUUGGAAACCUCGAAUUUGAAGAUCGUCGGACAAUUGAUCGAUGCUGCCAUCAAUGCAGGAGUAACCACAAUCACCAGUGUAUCCUUCGAUGUCAAACCAGAACAGAAGUCUGAAUUGAAAGAUUAAAUUCUUUAAUUAGCUAUCAAAGAUGCAACACACAAAGUUUGUCUACUUAUUAAUUUCAAUAGGCUGAAAUUGCACUAAAAUCUUUGGACAUGAAAAUCAACUCCAUCAAAAGUAUCUCCAUCGACUAACAAUAUGCCCCAAGAGCAAACUACAUGACCAAAAUGGCUCCCAUGGCUGCGAUGGACGGUGCUUCUGCUCCAACUGAAAUUUAUGCCCAAGAAUAGAACUUAUCACAUUCAAUCACAGUAGGAUUCAUCAUUGUUCCCAAUGAUCAAUGAUUAAUAUUCUACAUAUUCAAAUGCACAACAUAUUUUAUAUUCCCU